AUGGCAUUCGGCCUCUGCAAUGCACGUCAUCUUCGACAACUUCCAUCGCCCCGCCAACAUUUGAACGACCUGUUCCGGCUCACGCUUCGCCAGGACACAAUUAUGGCUCAAAAAGGAGAGCACCUACUCCAGCGCCCACUCUACGUAUUCGAUCUACCCGAAGAGCUUCUUGCGACACUCACGCUGAAGGACCAAUCUGAUCGCAUACCCCAAGAAACGCCGCCACAAGCGCGAGAGCCGAUAAAGGAUGCGUCUGAAAAGAGCGAGGGGCACGAAGGACCGGCCAAGGCGACAUCGUGCCAUUUAUGUGGCCUCGGCUUCACAUCAUUAGAAGACCAACGGAGUCAUGUGCGAUCAGACUUACAUGGGUAUAACCUGAAGCAAAAGAUCAAGGGUGCAACCCCAGUUGGAGAAGCCGAGUUUGAGAAGCUGAUUGGCGAACUCGACGAGAGCAUCUCUGGAUCCGAGUCGGAUGAGUCGGAUGAGGACGAGGACGAAGAUGGGAGCAAGUCCAAAGAUUCCACACUGAGCGCCCUACUGAAGAAACAGGCCAAGAUUUCAGAUCCAGAGUUUGACGACUUUGCAUCAAGAAGGAAACAGCGAGGACCAGGAAAGCCGCCUUUACUGUGGUUCUCUUCACCUGCCAUACCUGAAAAUAUGUCGCUCGGCAUCUACCGGGCUAUAUUCUCAAAUGAAGAGCAAGAGGAUGAAGCGCACGCCCUUGAUGUUCUACGCAAGAAGCAACUAUCCCCCAAACAAGCCCCUAGGAUCAAAGCAAACGAGGGCGGCGUACCUCUACCUACUACAGACGUUGGGCCGCACUAUUUUCUCUGCAUGAUUGGUGGUGGCCAUUUCGCCGCCAUGAUUGUAGCCCUCGCUCCAAAGACGGGUAAAAAGCAUACGGGAGCUGAUGAGCGUUCGGCGACUGUCCUAGCCCACAAGACUUUCCAUCGAUAUACCACUCGCCGGAAACAGGGUGGAUCGCAAUCGGCGAAUGACAAUGCAAAGGGCAAUGCACACUCAGCUGGUUCCUCGAUACGAAGAUACAACGAGACCGCACUGGUAAAUGAGGUCCGUGAGCUUUUGGCGAGUUGGAAGAGCCUCAUCGACACCGCGGACCUCAUCUUCGUGCGCGCAACCGGCGCCACAAAUCGACGUACCCUCUUCGGUCCCUAUGAAGGGCAAGUCCUCCGCAGCAAUGACCCACGAAACCGCGGUUUCCCAUUCAGCACGCGUCGCGCAACCCAAAAGGAACUCAUGCGCGCCUUUAUCGAACUCACGCGCGUAAAACAAAGCACCAUCGACGCAGCCGCCCUAGCCGCCCUCGACCCCCCCCCAAGCACCACCACCACACCGGCACCCACCCCCUCCAAGCCCAAACCUGCCAAACCCACAAAAGAAGAAGAACUUGCCCAACUCCACACCUCGCAAAUCAUCCCCUUGAUUAAACGCUCCAAAAUCCCCGCCCUUCUCUCCUACCUCGAAUCAAACUCCAUACCCGCAACCUUCACCUUCUUACCCCCAAACCCCCACACCCCUACCCCUCUACACCUCGCCGCCUCCCUCGCCGCCGCCGCCGUCGUAUCCGCGCUCCUCACAAAAGCCCGCACCGACCCCACCCUACUCAACGUCGACGCCCGCACCCCGUUUGCCCUGGCCCGCGACCGCCCCACCCGCGAUGCCUUCCGCACCGCUCGCCACACCCUCGGCGAAGCAGCAUGGGCGUGGGAUAGUGCCGGCGUGCCGGCGCCGCUGUCGCCCGCCGAGGCCGCGCAGCUCAGUGAGCGGGACAAGGCGGAGAAGGCGGCGGCGGAGAAGGCGGAGGCGGAGCGCAAAAAGGCAGAGACGGAACGGGUGAGGAGGGAGAGUGAGAGGGUGGAGGAGAGGGCAAGGGAGGGGAGGAUGGGCAAGGGGAGGGCAUUGGGUGUUGGGAAGAGUGCGGCAGAGAUUAGGGAGGAAGAGGCUAGGGGGUUGAGCGGGGAGGCGAGGGCGAGAAUGGAGAGGGAGCGGAGGGCGAGGGCGGCGGAGGAGAGGUUGAGGAGGAUGGGUUUGGGGACCUGA